CAUGAUGCUGAAUCUGAAAAAAUUCGAUUUGUUUUUCCUACUGCCAUUGCUCCACGAUACGGUUCAUCGGGUUAUUCUCCCGCAAAUUAUGGGAAAAAACUUAUUCCUGAUGAAGUAUCUUAUUCAGGAAUGACUGUCUAUUAUUUAGAUCUUAAUAUUACAUGUAGAAUGACUUCUAUAAUUCAAAACAUCGAAUCACCAUCUCAUCAUAUUUCGACUGAAUUAAAUAUUGAUGGUAAUCCAAAUGUUUCAAAAAUUACUCUAGCUGAGCAAAUUACUUAUUUAGAAAAAGAUUUUAUACUUGUUGUUAAAAGUCUUGAUCUCGAUAAGCCAAGGGCCUUUAUUGAAUAUGACCCUAAGACAGAAACUAAUUGCGUUAUGCUAACUUUAGUACCAAAGUUUGCUAUUAAUGAAAUAAUGUCUGAAUUAAUUUUUGUGAUUGAUAGGUAA